CCAUGACGGAUAUAGUAUCGGGCACCUGUUGACGUCACAUAUCCGGAAACAACACUAUUGAGCAUGGAUUCUAACGAAGAGGUGAUAUUUGAGGAUUACCUGUACAAGUUAAGUGAACCCAAAACUGGAAAAUUACAUUUGUUGGGUAAAUCAAAAUGGAAACAAAAAUAUUUCCAAGUUAAGAGAGUUGGAGAAAAACCUGCAUUGGAUUAUUUUAACAAGAAACCGAAGACAACCAGCACAACCCCCAAAGGGCGGAUAUGGCUGCAUCCAUCGUUCAGGAUCGAGAAACUUCCGAAUACCAAAAAUCGAGCUUUUGUGUUUGAAUUGACAACACCAGAAAAUCAAGUAUGUUUGUCGGCAGAGGAACAGAAAGCUAUGGACAUGUUUGUCUUCAUUCUCCAGAUACAAGCCCGUUUGCUGGAAAACAUCAAAGACGAUAUGAUCUUGGUCCAGCCAGAAAACUCAGAGGCGAUGCGGCGGAUGGGAGCGGUCAGCACAACCUGCAUCUUACAUGCCUCUCCCUGGGGCAUGACACUAGCAUUAAAGCAAUCACGAUGUAUCGUAGCACAGUGGCCGAUCAAGAGCAUCCGUUGUUACGAGUCAUCUGGGCGGGGCCUCCUCACCCUGGAGACAGCGCAUGGAUCUCCUGCAGAUGGCUCCAUGGGGGAGGGGAUCUAUCUGUUCCAGACCCAGCCAGGGGAUGACAGCAGCAUGUAUGAUCUCCUCGACAGAUACAUCAUGGAGACACUCGAUAGGUCAAAGAUAACACGGCGAGGCACUGACCAGGAAAUAGAGGACUACUUACAGGAGUUUGAUCGUAUGCAUACGCUGACCACAAUCAAGCCCUGCAAGCUGACCAUCCCUGGGGUCCCUCUGAUACUGCAGGAUAAUUGGAAUUAUACCAUGACAGGAGUGAGGAUCGAGCCCAACAACAACCCUGUCAUGAAUGGUGGCAUCUCUCACCGUGCUCAAGACUCCAGUAUUUCAUUAUCGUCUCUAGCUUCACGACAAUCAACCGGCUCAACAUCGAAACACUCACCACCAUUGAGCUCACAGAUGAGACAAGACACGCCAAUAUCUGCUGUCUCUGGAGAACCUCGACUGACGGGACGGCCCCCGGCCCCUCCCCCCAGACCUGUGAAGAUCCCUCACACAAACGGAGCUCUGGGACGACCUGUUCCCAGACCUAGGGUCACCAACUCCAACUCGCAUACAGACGGAUAUAUGGGUAUGACGUCCCCCAGUCCUUCCAAAUCGUUCGGCUCAAAUCCUCUUUCUCCAAAGUCCCCUGGAAUCCAGGAGUGGGAUCCUCCACCUUCGUUCAAUGAUGUGAUGAACUUCUCCAGCCCAAGGUUAAUGGGUUCCGAUUAUUUGAGCCCGGUUGCUAAUGACUCUCUGAAUGCGGAAACCAUUUUCAGAUCUGAAAUUAGUCCAAGGGUCAGUGGAUUGAGUACGGCUGGAUCUGAAACCAGUUACCGGAAUUCUGAUACCAGUUUCAAAGAUUCCUCCUAUACCAGCAGUCGGUCAUACUAUCUGUCUGCAGUGGCAGGCGACAGUUAUAACUCAUCUCCGGUGUCUGGAUUCGACCAGUCGCAGUAUGACAACGAUAAUGUUGACUCCAAAAUGACGAGCCAGGAGGUAAAAGACAUGAAGCAAGCGUCAGCAAGCUGUGAAGACCUCAGCGAUCACAUGAAGAUGCAGCUGUAUUACAAUGAUGGGUCGGACAAUGAGAACGAGAACGAUGAGGUCGACGAAAACAUGAAUCACGACAAACCACCGAUGCCAUUCACCAGACUGCAGGCAUUUCGCAACAGUGCAGACUGGGAUGCUAGAGACCGCAGCAAGUCUGUCGACUAUUAUAAUGUUCUUCGACCAGGGGCUCUGGUCGACCGGAGUCCAAGCCCAAGUGUUCGUCGGAUUCGGCGAUUAAUGGGAAAGGGCAACCAUGAGACUCUUCGCAAGUCUGUGUCCAAUCCAAAUUUUCUGAACGUGGCCAGCAAGGAAGUGCACAAUUAUAUGAAGUCAAAUGGUUAUAAACCAUCAUCUAGUCACAAUUCGCCCAAACUUGAAAGACAGUCUCGUUGUAAAAGUCGUUCUUUGGUUGAUCUUCUUCCAGGCGUAAUCAGACGACAUUUUAGUCACGAAAACAUUCAUCGCUCACGUAACGCAACACCUGUGCAUAGUCGGAGUACAACUCCAGAACGCAAUAACACCAAACAUGUUCGAGGAAAUAGUUUUGAAAAUACUGGUAAACCAGUGCUAAAUCGUCAAGAGAGUGCCAAGUCUUUUGAAGCCUCAGUCAAAAAUAUUAAAGUGACAGACAGAACAAGGUCGUUUAGGAAAGUGAAAAGUAUUGAAAAUGAGGUUGCUGGGAAUAAAGACAGUACUUCAGACAAAUUACCCCGUCGUGAGUUUUCUCGUAGAAAACCAGCACAUGUGCCUCUGACGGACAGACCGACAUCCCAGAAUCCCCAGCAUCGCCAUAGCGACAAUGGUCCCACCAUACAGACUGUGUCAGCUUCUUCUAGGAGAAAUCAAAACAUGGCGUAUGUGCCUGUUCACCAACUUAACCCUGUUUUCAGACAUGGCAGUCAAUCGAGUGCGUAACCAUGACAACCAUUUUGUAUUCAGACUGAUCUGUACAAACCACUUAAUAAUUAUGAUCUGUGCUAAAUGUCUACAUCUCUGUAUAUUUAUGUUCGUAAAUUUUGGUGACAAUUUCAGUAUUGGACAAAUCUGCUGACAAUUUUGUACACAAUAUGGCACAAUAUUUUUUAUGCAACUUUUAUAUUGUAUAUUUUCAUAAUCACAAUGAAAGGUUUUCUAAUCAAUCUGUCUAACCUGUAUUUACAUUUAUUCUGUUGAAAGGUUUUCUGAUCUAGGAUCUCAACUGUAAUGCAUGUUAUAUGUGCUACAUUUUUGCGAGUUAUAUUUAUAGUUGUGAACUUCAGCCAACAUUGUAUUUAACUGCAUCUGUAGAUAUUAAUUUUUUGACCGAGAAUAUUCAAUAAUCUUUUGUGGUUGUCACUAAUGAGUGUUUUGAGACAUUAGAAAUUAAGGGUUAUAAAGUGGUCUCAAUUAUGAAUUCAGCAAUGGAUAAAUGCUUUCAGCCAGUGGUUGCAAAUGUGGACCUGUUGUUGAAUAAUAUUUCAUAAUAUUUAGCUUCUGUUAUUCAAAUGCAGAUGAUGUCAAUAUAGGUCUUUUUCAUGUGUGAAUGUUUAAUAUUAUUUUCCUAUUGUCCCAUCCGAGUCUAAAUGUUUAUUAUACAGAUUUUUAUGAAGAAAUGGAUGAGUUUGGGUGCCUCCUGAACACUUACUUGCCAAUAUCGUUUGGUCAGCAUAAUAUAAAUAUGAUUGUUAUUUCUACAUUUAGAGUGCAUGUGUACUCUAUGAUCCUCCUCGGUUGUGUGAAUACUGCUCAGGCCUUCGGGGACCAUCUCAAAAGUUCUUGUGCAUUUAUUUGUGAAAGUGGUGUUAGUUCUUUUGAGAUGUGACCUCAGCAUCAGAUGUCUUCCAUGGUGACCAGUCUUCAAGGCAGCCUUGUGUUAUUGUGCUUGAGAUGUUGUUACUUGUGUUCAGACAUCUAGACUAGAAUAGUCAGAGUUAUCUGAAGAGGAUAUUUCCACAUUACAAGGGAGUUGAAAGUGCAUGCAAAUUAUAUUCUUAUAAAUGUCCCUAAACCAAUCAGAUGUAUGACAAAGACAAUAAUUGACCAAUCAGCAGAUCUUCUGUUCUCAGUUUCUGAUUGGUUGAUCUGCAGACAGUGUCACAGUACAUUAAACUCCAGGUACAUAGAUUGGAAAGGUAAUGCUUGUCUAAAUAACUGUCAAGGAUAAUUAUCACAAACUUUGUAAAUAUAACUUUUUUCAAUCCAUAUAGAAUUGUAUGAGAAUCUUUACAUUGUGUACAUCAGCUUUUAAUUUCCGCAUUUAAAAAUCUGUAAAAUGGUACACCUUAUGUAUACAUGUGUACAUGUCAGCGUUGGAAACCUUUCUCAAUUUUAUGCCAUUUGCUGUCCAGGUGUAGAUGAGUUGAUAAAAAGGUUUUUGGUGCAAAUAUUUUACCACAGAAACUAUCUCCUGUUUGAAUAGUAUUUGAUUCUUCAAUAGGACAUUCUGUUAAUAACGACAUCCCAAAAAUUUGUUUUGAAAGAUUUAAUGAUCCAAAAGUAACAGUUACUUUUAGUCAAACAUUGAUGACCUUGACCUUUUCAAAUAAAUUUGUUACAUUUAGGAUCUAUUGAUUUAUGACAAAUUCCGUUAUAUUUUGUAACCAUUUAUAUGAAACAGAUCAUCAUGAAUGCUGAACAUUUGAAAACAAUAAAGAGUACAUUUCAUAUCACCGUAAUCAGCAGUCACUUCAUUCCAGAGUUACUUCCCUUUAACUACAUCAAAGUCGUGCAUGCUAUGGUUACUCAGAUACACUGAAAUUUUAAGUAGGAAUUAUUAUGUCAUAGAAAAUGAAGCUUUAUGGAUUAUUUUUUGCAAGUGAAUUAUUUUUGUUAGUUCCAUGACUUUAGAAUAUGCAGAAAAAUGUAGGUUUCUUGAUGUCAGUUUGAAACUACUACGUUAAUCUGUGUUUGGAUUGAUCACUAAUCAUUUGAUGACAGGAUGAUGAAAUAAAUGACUACGCAUUCAUGUGACAUUCUCAAGGCAGUGGAAACUUUGGAACAGAUGUAUUUACAAGCCAAUCACCAUCAAACGAAUAAUCAUGUUCAGGGAGAAUUAUUUACAAUGUUUCAACCAAAGUGUGUGGGUAGUACAGGGUUUUACCUGAUGCUGAUGAUGAGGAUCUGCUCAAUAAAGUCUCGAUCAGUAAAGUCUGGACUCGAUAAAGUCUGGACUCAGUAAAAGUCUGGACUCGAUAAAGUCUGGACUCAGUAAAAUAUGGACUCGAUAAAGUAUGGACUCAGUAAAAUAUGGACUCGAUAAAGUAUGGACUCGAUAAAGUCUGGACUCGAUAAAGUCUGGACUCGAUAAAGUCUGUGUAUACAUGGUAGAUUUAACUAACAUUUUAUUUUUGCUGUAAAUGCUGUUUCCAUAUCUGUGUUCUCCAUUGAAUCACAAAGUAUUAUUUCAACAUCAGUAGACUAAUGCAUCCAGUGACAUCAUGCUAUGAUGACAUUAAACCUGCUGAAAGUCAACUGUGCCCUAAAUCAUUGUGUACAUUGUCAGACUGUUGCUGAAGACAAACAUAUGUUUAUGAUAGAAAAUGCAAGCCACAAUCACUAUUUCUGUAGAAAUAGUUUAUUGAAACCAAACUCAGCAAUAUUCCACUUCCGUGACAAUGACUUGUAAACAAUCCAGUCAUUAUCAGCAAUGUUUGGUUAUGAUGGGUGUCAGUUUCUGUGUCUAUGUUCCAGCAUUAUGCUUAACGUUUUUUGGCAUCCAGUUUAAGAACUUGAAUCAGAUCUUUGUUAAUCGCUGGUAAACGUGACUUGUGACUAGAAUUUUCAUAAAGAAUGCAAAACCAGGUAUUGCUCAUAAGCUUAGGGCCAGAUAUUUUGCAAUUUUAUCCCCUUUGAAGGAAAAACGCUUAAAUAUAUUUCAAAACAUGGCAUAUGCAUACCACCAACUUUUUGUGGCAUCCAGAAUACCAUUUUGUAAGGCAACAGCAACCACGAUACAAGAUUGACACGUCAGUCAGUCCAGGGACGUAGACAUCACCGAAAGAAAUUAUAAUUUUUACUCCCCUUUUCUGACUGACUUUGACAAUUUGAAACAGAUGAGUUUCUAACUCAGUUGCAUUUCUAUGAUGAAAAAG